AUGAGCAAAAUUCUGUCUCUCCCUCGAGAAAUCGUGGUGGACAUAGUUUCAAGGCUGCCCAUCUCGUCCCUACUCCAAAUCAAGCUUGUCUGCAAAUCGUGGCGCCAACUUCUCCAAGACCCUCACCUUCCUUCCCUCCAUUUCUCCCGACUUAAUACCACCAUUUCAUCGGAUCCAUGCCUUAUUCUACACUCCAGGAACUGCGCCCACAACGAGCUCUACUUUUUAGAUAUGUGCUCCUUGGUUAAAGAAGACGAUGGUCAUCCUAACGAGAAUAACUUGAAGAAACUGAUUGUGCCACCGACGAUUUUGAAGUUUGUCGUGUUGGGUUCCUGUCGUGGGAUCCUUUGUUUCGCGAACUUGUCACAGCGCGCAGCGAUUUACCUUUACAAUCCUCUUCUAGCCGAAUUAAAAGAGAUCCCCAAAACUAUUUGCGGCCCAAGCUACAACAUGGGAUUCGGUUUUCACCAGGAGACGAAAGAGUAUAAAUUGGUGACGAUCGUGGCCGUGGUGGACAGAGACUCUCUCCAAUUUAGGACAGCAAGAUCGUCGGGGUCGGCUUUAUCCGUUAUAACCCUAACGGCCCAGAAUGGAACACGGCCCAAUGAGCCCACGAGUUGGAGAAAGAUUAGGCUUAGUGCCUUACCACUUCGUCCACCAGGCUCACCAGGUGCUCGUUUCUAG